AUGUUGUCCAACAUCUCGAACAUGUUUAGAAGAUCUUCACAGGUACCAGUAGGAUUAGAAAAGAAACAAGUACCAACGUUUGUGCGAAGUAACGGUGAAAAUGUAAGUUUACCCAUUUUUAUAUUGGUUUUCUGGUUUUUAGGAAGAGAAGAAGAAAAAGAUUGUGAAAGUGCCAGUUUAUGGUGGCCGCAACUUCUUUGUGAAUGAAAAUGAGGCUCACGAGAUGGAUGCUUACCUAAAAUCCUUGGAGAAGAAGAAACAACUGAAUCCGGACUUUCUUCGUGGUCGAUCAGUGGAACCAAGGAUGCGAGAGAUGUUGGUCGAUUGGCUACUGUCAGUCUGUGCAUGUAGCAUGCAAACAAGUCAAGAAGCCUGGACAUUAGCGGUAUACCUGACAGAUCGAGCAGCCUUGUACAUGGAGGAAGUCAACUCAUCAAACUAUCAGUUGGUUGGAGUCACUUGUUUGUAUAUUGCUUUAAAAUACGAGGAAGUUGUAGUUCCUCACAUCAACGACAUGGCAUACUUUGGUGGUCGAGCUUGUACUCAAGAAAGGAUUUUGGAAAUGGAAAAGAUUGUAAGUUGUCCAUGUUGUUACCUAAUUUUUAAGCUUUUAAUGGUUUUUGUGUUAUCUAGAAAUUUUGUUCUAGGUAUGAUUUCACUGUUAUUAAGGCGAUCUUUUCAGGUACUCCAAUCUGUGAUGUUCGACAUGUCAUUUUGUUAUCCAUGCCAUUUUCUGCGCAAAUUCCGUACCUUUCUACAAUUACCAACAGACGAUGUGAAGACCGUAUACAAGUAUGCGUCAUGUUUCGUUGACUGUGCUCUGAUAGCCUACCACAGUUCCCAAUGGUUGCCUUCUGAUCAAGCUGUUGGUGCCUAUUACCUUGCCUGUUACGUUUUGGAGUUGCCAUUCAAUGAUUGCCUCCUAACCGUGUCCGAAUUGAAUGCUGAAGCAGUGGAAAAGCGAGCCAUCGGAAUCGCAUCGGCCGUUGUGCGAAUGUGCAGGACGAACAAGAUCAAGAACGUACUUCAAAAGUACAAAUCACUGGACAGUUCGAAGAUUGUCGAAAGCACAGAAUCAUUCUUAAAAGAUUCAAAACCUUCACUUUCAUCAACCAUCUGCUAA